AUGUUCUCCAGCGUGUCUACAUUGCCCCCGCUGGACUCUUCACCAAAGUCCCCCACAACACCUCGAAACCGGUCUGAUGAUUGUGCUUGCAAGAGAUCAUCGGGCGACCAGUUUUUCGAUACAAUAGACGUAGACGAGAUAGAGGACCCGCCCAGUGAGGAGAGUGAGCUGUAUGAUGCACCAAGUACCCCCAUCUGUGAUUACGUACCCAGUACGGAGCACUGGUUCAGUCCUGGCAAUGCGUCCCCCUUCCAAAACUCAGCGGCUUACUAUACCACAGCUGAUGCUCCAUCCCCAGGUCAUCAGAGUGCCUCACCUUCUGCCUUCUGUCAACAGCGCAGCACAUCACCAGUUCUUCAGGAAGCCGAAUUCCCCACCUACACCACGGCUCCCACUGUACUUGCUGAUCUCCCGGCCCUCGUCGAGAUUUGUCGACUUUCAGAUGCGAGCCCGAAGAAGGUCACAGACGCAAGUGAACCGGAUGUGCCCAUGCAGAUGUGUAUCGCGCUGUCGCCCAUGGGCACAUGCAUGCUUUUCGCGGAUAGUUCGCCCACGUGUAUAACCGAUGUAACACCAAAAGGUGGCCCAAAAAUCGGAAAAAUUCAGUUUGAUUUGGAGGCGGAGAAGAACAAGAAGAAUAGGAAAGGUGAUGAUGACACUGACACUGACUGCACCCUCACCCUCUCCAUGUACAGUCUCCUCACGGGUUCCCCUGAGUCCACCAAGGCCACAAACGCACCCUCAAAAUUCGCCCUAGUCAAGUGUCGGGAUCUCAUUCUGCCAUCACAGGUCCCACCCAAAGACUUUGUGGCGCCUCUUCUGCCUUCUGUGCUUUCAGCGGUCAUUUCCUCCGACGACUCCAUGAUCGGCUGCGGACUGUCCAAUGGUCGGCUGUGGAUCUACUCACUAGAUGAGGUCGGCUGGGUGGCUUGCAUAUCUACGGCGAUCUCAGCGAAAGCGGACCCAUUCACUGCGGCUCCAAUCAGCACCAGGACUCCCCGUCCGCGCACCGACACGUCGCCUUUUCAACAGGCA